CUCUCGUUUUCUCUCGAAACAAAGAAGCGGCGAUGAUGUCUGAUACUUUUCGGAUCUGAGAUGGUUCUUCAUCUGUUGUUAAUGGUUGAUCUCAAGGAAAGAUCUCCGGUUGAUUUCACGGUUAUAGUGGAAUUUGAUUUUUCGGUUUUGAAAAGGGAUCUCUUUCACAAGAGAGAUUUGGUUCGAUUGGAAAAAGGUAGAUCUGUUGGGAUCCUGUUUGAUCAAUCUACGAGCAUUAGUGAGGGCUUCUCUGAAAAGGCACAAAGAGGUUUUAAUCAUCUUCAAAGGUUUUGGUUAGGAUUCGGAGUUAUGAUCUUGAUUUGCUUUGAUUCACAAGACAUGUCUAAGGAAAGGAAGGGUAUCAAUCUCGCAAUCAAAGGUCUGAAGUGGAUUAAUGCUGUAUUAAGAAGAGCCAUCUUUGUCUUGGUUAUGGCCACAAAAUCCGGGUUUUUACGGUUGGAACGGAUCGAGAGCUUAUGUCUUAAUUUCAGCGGAUCUGUGAUUUAUUUGGUGAGAUACUCUUACAUCAAGGGUUUGGAGUAUAAAUCAGAGGUACGAAUUGGAGGUUCUAUUCAUCACAACACAUUCUCAAAGUUUCAGGGUACCAAAAGCUUUAUUCUAAGUCAAUUUCUCAGAGUUUUUGAGUUUAUUUGGGUUUUUUGGUCUCCUGGGUUUGUAUCUUUUCGGAUUUGCUUCGGGUUAGGGAAAGAGAUGACUCAAAGCGAUUUGGUUAAUCAGGGCAGCAACAUGAGUAACACCAUGAAGCUUAAGAUCAAGGUUCCUCGUUUUGAUAACACUUCUCUGAUCGAGGGCUAUUCGAAGACUCUCAUCGGCAGAUGUAUGAAUCCAGCAAUGCAGGAUAUGAAAUCCUUGCUGUUCAUGUUGCCAAGGAUUUGGAAAUUAGAGGACAGAGUUGUCGGUGCUGACUUGGGUCAAGGUCGGUUUCAAUUCGAUUUUGACCAUGAAGAGGACAUCCAGGAGAUCAUGAAGGUGGAACCUUUCCAUUUUGAUCAUUGGAUGCUGUCUUUGGUUAGGUGGGAACCAGUGGUGGAUCGAAGAUACCCAUUUCUCAUCACUUUCUGGAUUCGGGUCAUGGGGGUGCCUCUACACUUCUGGGCGGAUGAAACAUUCCGGAGUAUUGGUUCAGAUCUAGGUGAGGUCCAAGCGGUAGACUUGGACAUGGGAAGGGUACAGGUUAAGCUUGAUGGGUUUAAACCAUUGUGUUUUGAGGCGGCGGUGGAGUUUCACAGUGGUGAAGAGACGAUGGUCUCGCUGAGGUAUGAGAGACUUUUUGGUUUCUGCCGGAAAUGUCACAGUCUUUGUCAUGAACAGAUGCGGUGUCCAGUUUUUGGGGAUAAGGGAAAGCAGAAUAUUCACAAAGAGGAUCCAAAGCGGGAUAAUAAGCUUCAAAGCUACAAAGGUGCUACCAUUAAUGGUCUCGUUCCUGGGAAUUCUUCGGGUUCGAAUGGAGCUGUCUCCGCAGAAUCUUCCCAAGGACCAUCUGCGGUUGAAAACAGGGCUGUAAUUUAUCAGGACAACUCGCACCGGUCUAAGCAGAUUUCUGGUACCAAGGCUAAGAAGGGGAGAAGGAAUCCAUUUCUGGCUCCUAUUCAAGCUUCAACAACCCAAUUGGCGGUUCAAGUAACUGGUUUAUCUUCGUUAAAAACGGACACGGUGGGGAUGAGUCUCUCCGCUCAUGAGAAGAAGAUGCUAGAGGCUUUUCUAGUCUCUGAUUCGGGGAAGACGGUGACAGAUUCGGGUACUCUUGGUGCUAAUAUGGAAGGGCGUUCUAGUGACACAAUCCCAAAUAAGGUGGUGCGUAAGAAUCUCUUUUCGGGUCCUGAAGAAGUUACUUUUAAGAGCAGGACAGAGAAUACUCUCGGGUUGGCAGAACAACAUGAUCUUUUCUCGGAUGAUUUAAGUCAGUUGCUUGCUCAGGAUUUUCCUCUCGUAGGAGAAUCUUCUCUGAAUUUUAUGGAUACCAUAAUGGAGGAGAAAGAAAGUGGUGUGGAGAUAGCCCAUGAGGAGGGAGAGUUUAAGGCAGAGAAUGAAGAGGAUAUUAAAGGGGAUCACGAAGGAGAUAAAAUUGAGGAAGUGGUCAUUCCGGUCACUGAGAAGGAUGCAAGUACAGUUUCUGUUUCGGAUACUGUCCCAAAGGAACAAGAACAUGAAGAGGAAAAAGAGGAAAACUCGCAGGGAGAAGAUGAUUUGGAAACGGAUCAACCUGCAAAAAGAAAAGCGGUUAAGAACAAAGGGAUUUUGGUAGGAAUUAGCUCCAGGAAGAGGAAUUAUUUGGCAUCACCUCGCAAACGAUCGGUUCCAAAAACUGGUGGCCCGACGGUGGGUUCUGGAUCUCUUCAAGGGGAGAAACCUCCUAUUAAACAUUGAUUGAAUUAAUGUCUCUAUCAGUUUGGAUGGGGAAGUGGUCGAAUUUCAAUUUCUUAGAAAUAAGUUCUUUACAAGAACAUGAUUUUCUGUAUUCUUUCAGUUGUCAUUGUUGUUCGGUAAAUCCGAAUUAUGUCGGUACGGUCUCUUUUUAUUUUCUCCUUGCAAGAUGUAACUUACAGAUUCUUUAUGUGUUUCAUAUAAUCUGUGAGCUCAAAGUAAUAAAGGAAAGUUAUUUUUUCCAUCGGUU